AUGAUGCCAACUGCACCGCCGCCCACGGCGACGCCGCUGUUCGACGAGACUGCCGCCGUCUCCACAGCCCUCAAGGACCCUGGUCCUCACACUGGCGCCAGCAGCAAUGAAUCUGCCUCAUCCGCUUUGAAUAUCGCCGCGAUUGUCUCCAAUCAUACGCCUUCUUCCUCCUCUCAAUCCUCCACCUCCACCUCCUCGCCCCAGAACCAUGUCGCGCCGCCCAUUGUGCCGCCAGCGGAUACUCCGUCGGGAACUAUCGUGAUUGUCUUUGGCGCGGGCUUGGAACAAAUUGUGCACAUGGUGGCGGAAGUUCUUGGGAAACCGUGGACAACGGAAGCAUCGCUAGCGACGCUAGCCAGAGCCACGGAUGUGGUCGUUGCCGGAGUCACAUCAUACGAUCUGGACCGAAGCUUAGCGGGGUGUGACAGGUCGUCUCUGAUCUUGAUCAAUACGCAUUGCGUGGAAGAUGGGUCUGCGCCGGAAGACCAGCUGACCGAAAGCUGCGACUACGAGUUCCUCUACUCACGGAGCCCCUUUUUGCGCCGCGACCUGACCCGCUUCCUAUCUCUGAUUCUGGGCCAAACAAGACCGCAUGAAGAUCUGCGCACCAAGACACGGACAAACUUUAUCUCAACCACUUUCCCGGACGUCCAUGCUGCGCUGCCGAACUUGGAUAUCCUCUCGGUGGGAUCGGACGCCGUGGAGAUCCGCGUAGACUUGCUGGUCGAGCCUACAUCGGAUGGGGCUGCAGCCAACCAGGGCUCGGUGCCCAGUCUGAAGUACGUGGGUCAGCAAUUGAUGCUCCUGCGGCAACAUACAGAGCUGCCGAUUAUAUUCACUGCUCGAUGCACGAAAGAAAACGGAAAGUUUCCUAUGGACGACCCCACCCUGUUCUACAAAUAUUUGCGGCGGGCAAUCCAGUGGGGCGUUGAGUACGUCGACGUGGAGCUCUGGCUGCCAGAGGAAAUCCGACGGCGAUUAGCAGAGGUCAAGGGCCACAGCAUCAUCAUGUCUGCGUUCCACGAUUUCUCCGGGACAUGGAAGUGGACGGCGCCCGAGGCGCAGCGCGUGUUCACCGAGAGCGCCAAGUAUGGGGACAUUGUGAAAAUGAUUGCUAUGGUCUCCACCAUUGAAGAGAACUACGAAUUGGAAUACUUCCGAUCAACCAUCAAAAGCCGCGGGCCCGGCCCGCUGCUCUCCGCCGUCAACAUGGGCCAAACGGGCCAGCUCUCGCGCGCCCUGAACACCGUUUUCUCCCCCAUCACACACCCGCUCCUUCCCAUGAUUGCUGCACCGGGCCAGCUGACCGCGGCCGAAAUCAACGAGGCCCUGCAUAUCAUGGGUCAGCUCCCGAAACGUGAUCUCUACGUCAUUGGCUCGUUCCGCGCUACACCGCACUCUAUGUUCAUGGAGAAGUGUCUGAAUGAGCUAGGCCUGCCGCAUACCUUCACCUCGAUCGACCGCGGUCCCAAAGGCUCCAUGGAGUCUGUCCUAGCGCAGCCGCAAUUCGGCGGCGCAUCGGUCAAUCCGCCCAUCUCGAGCUUGACCACCUACAUCCCAGCCGUCAGUGACGCCGCGCGUGCCAUCGGCCUCGUCGACACCAUCGCCAUGGCUGCGCCCCACGAGACCGGUAGCGCCCGAUUCAUCGGCGAGAACUCCGCGUGGAAGGGCAUCCGCGCGACCCUGACGCGCGAGUACGUGCCCUCCGCGUACCGCGGCCGCGCAGCCAUCAUCCUCGCGGGCUCCGAGCCCGACGCCUCGGCCGCUAUCUUCGCCCUGCGCAGCCUGGGCAUCGGCGCCAUCUACACCGUCGGGUUCAAGGCUUCGGGGCCGCUUGCCGCGGGCUUGGAGCCCUUCACUUCCAUCCAGUCGGUCAAGCUGGUCGAGCAGCCGUUCGUCAUCGUCUCAGCGUUACCGCCGGAGAAGUCCCUGCUCGUCCAGCCCCUGCUGCGCCACUACCGCACUAACGGUCGGUCCUCGCCACCCUCGACGAGGGGCAAAGUCUAUCUGGACUUGACGAGCGGCCCGCGUAAGGGUGACCCGCUUGGCGUGGCGACCAGUGCCGGGUGGACGGCGUAUGGGAGCGAGGAUGUCAGUGCGUGGACGACUGUUGAGACAAUGCGGCUGCUGGUUGGGCAGAACGUGCCUUUUGACUUUGUGCGCAUGGCGUUGGGGCGCCCGCUGUUCUGA